GCUACAUCAAUGACCUGAUUGUUCUUGUGCGAAUAUUAUCGUGGUGACGACAAUUCUACCAUAACGCUCACUCAAAGCCAAUUUGAAAGUCUCUUUCACUAUGCCUGAGACGUCAGUUCCCGCGCCGCCCAGCACGGUCUCCAGACCUGUGAGCGAGGCACUUUUGAACGAGAAAUGGGACCGCUGUAUCUCGAACAUGCUCAUAAAAUCAACCCUCGGUCUCGGAUUCGGUGUCGUCUUCUCAGUCCUUCUAUUCCGACGAAGAGCAUGGCCAGCAUUUGUGGGAGUAGGUUUCGGUGCCGGCAGAGCUUACGAGGAAUGCAACUGGAGCUUGAAACAAGCAACACAAGAGCUGAAGCGGAGGGCAUAAAGCGGAACUAAGCCCCAGCUCCUGAGAGAAAAUCUCGACGAAACGCAUUCCAUUUGUGAGCGUUCUUCUACCUGUACAACAACAGCAUCAUAGACGACUCGACCAACUCGAGAAGGGCAUAAUUGGAACGAGUUUAUCCGAAAAUUUUCGCUUUUUGUGUGUAUAAAAGGUGGCAUGGGGCUAAACGCGGUUCUUGGGGUGCUCUGUACUUAUACCUUGCGCUCUAAAGGAAUACCAUACACAAUUAACGAACAGAAACCCUAGAUGGCCGUAUUGGAAAGUUAUUCCCUGGCCAGAUUUAUGUACUAAGCCACUGUGCCGAAGAAGAUGAGAAUACCAAAACCUUUAUAAUUCAUCUUCAAUAUCUAUGGACCCCUCAAACA